CGAGCGGCGGUUGGAGUUGGCUUUCGCCAUGGCGGAGAAUAAGCUCUUGGUUAUUGAGGGGCUUCAGCGCAACGGUUACAAGUUCUGGAGGACAAUGGAGCGAAUAUUCCUGAAGUACAGCCAUCCAUUUGAAGAUGACCUAAUUAUUAAUCUUGAGGAUAUGACUGUUGAAACUCCAUCAGGUCCAGUAGGCUGGUGUCCCGUUGACUCUCCACUUUGUUUCCCAAGAAAACAAGCCAGAGUUAACCGUAAGAAAAAGCCUGAAAAACAUGCACCUGAUAAAAACCUGGAGGACCUGAAGAGCACAAAGUUAUCAGGUCAAACAGAUCAGAGUUCUAAAUUUGAAGAUUUUAAAGAUGAACAGUGCAUGCCAAGUAAAUCCAAGCUACAAACCAGCAUCUCCAUUGGGAAUAUGAACGUGGGAGACAAAUAUAAAAUAGAUUUGGACGUGCUGGCUACUGGCCAUGAUAAACUUGUUAAACAAGUCUUGGUGGAAUGUGUCGGGAGGACCAAAGACAAGCCAUUGAUCAUGUUUACUCCCACUUCGAGCGUAGAAGUUGGAUUGCCGCAUGUUUAUCAUGAUUGCAGUGAUGACUUUCAGGCAUCAAUCUCUGGAGAUUUCAAUAAUUCAUCAAGAUCCAAGCAUGAUGAUAAAGCUAAUUCAAAUUUCACUUCUGUUUCUAAUAACUAUUUGCUGCCAAGGCCACUUAGUGAACAAGGUAGCAAAGAACUUCCUGAUCAGCUCAGACAUAAGAAAAACAGAAGCAAUGUCUUAGAUUUGGAAGAAACUGUAUCCACUUGUGUCAACCAAGAUUCCAAGGAAAGCCAUGAUGAUUCAUCUGGUUUAAGUGAUACAACUCUUAUUGAUAUCUACCCAAGUAUGCUAGCUUCGAUGAGUGACUUGCUCGACCGUAGCUACAAGGCACAGACUGCCUCAAGAUUAAUAAAGCACUAUCGACGUCUCCAGUUAAAUGGGUGUAAAUCAAAAUCAAAUACAACUCAAGAUGGAAUAAGAACGAAGAGCAACAUAGAUGUCCAAAAAUUAAAGAUGGAGAGUUAUCCCAUUAUUGAAUUGGAAGCAUGUGAUGGAACCAACCAAGUGACUAAAAGUGUUUGUUCUCUGAAGAAAUUCAAAACCACAGAAUGUAAUUUUGAUGCAAGUGUGUCCAUGACUGAUGUUGAAGUUUUUGGGACUAUGCAACAAAUAAAUUCCAAAUCAUCUGACAUUGAAGAUUCCAACUUUAAAAGUACUUAUAAUGAUGCAAUUAACUCUCAAUUGCUACCAACAAGUCCUUGCAACCCAGAAAGUCCAGUACAAGUUACAAAUUGCUGCAAAAUCAGCAAAACAUUGAGUCUAAAUGAAACUUUUAAUGGAUCUUAUUUAUCUCAACUGGAUACCAUGAUUAAUUCCAGUUUCAAAUGUUUGAGCCCAAAACCUAAUCUGUCAAAGGCACAGGCACAAUACUCGAGAAACACUUUUAAUUAUCCACCUGAGGCAAAACUAUCUCCAUCAAAUAAAAAAAAUUAUGUUGCAAUUUCCAGCAGAUCACCAUUUAGAAUGCUUUUGUGUUCAAGUAAUAUUUCUUGUACUGGUCAAAAAAGUAAACGGAGACAUUCAUUUUCCUCUGAAUGUUCUGUUUCAGCCAUGUUCCAUUCAAUACAGAGCCCAGUUAAAACUCAAGCAAGAGAGAUGGAUGCAUUUGAAUCGGUGUUUCAAAGCUUGGCUCAUAAUUCGCUUUCCUUUUCAACUGCUGUGAAACUUCCCAAUAUAUUGAAUGCCCGUUCUGUUCCUGUUAGAACCGUUACAUCAGUAACAUCUGUUAUCAAUUCACCUUCCCAACAAUCAAGAAAACGUGCUGCCUGUACUGUCCCAACAAGGGACCCUUCUCGAUUACCAUUAAAGAGAUUCCGCUCUUUCCCAGAGUCCUCUAGUUCAAGACAGAAUAGCCCAGAAAUGUUAAUGCUGAAUACCAUAUUGCAAGAACAGAAAUACCACUGUACAGCAAUAAGUGGCUUUUAUUCACCAGGAAGCCAGCAGCACAGAGGGAACUUGACUGUGAGCCCAUCUAUUAAAUGGGAAGAUGUCUGUAGAAAAUACUCCAGUCAUGGUACUGCUUUGCCUGUCAUAAAUAGUUCGGGAAACACUGUGAGUUUAUGUUUAUCACCUAGACUUCGAAACAGAGUGUCUAGAAAACUGGUCUAUAAUAAACUGAACAUGCCAGUCUGACAGAAACUGUGAAGUGUGCCCCAAACCAGUUUUUGGUUGUUUCUGAGAGCUAAUCCUUUUUAUCAUGCCUAUAUAACAAAAUUUGAAUGAAAAGUUAAUUAUGUACUAAAUGUAUUUUGUUACAAUUUUAGUUCUUAUUUCAUAAUUUUGGCAAAUAUUACAGCUAAUCAAAUUUUCUACUUGUGUGCUUUUGAACUUUUUUGCUAACUUUUAUAUAUUGAGUUCAAUUUUAUGGAAUUGUUAUUUGUAUAUAGUAGAUUAUCAACAUUACUAAGACCCAUAUGAAUUAUUUGAUAUGAAAACAACUCUAUUCAUGCCAUCAGUUGAAGACUCACUGCGUGGUGUUUUAAACUUCAUGUGAUAACCCUGGCCAAACUGAUUCUGAAGCAAAUCCAGCAAAAUGUUCCUCCAGCAAGUCUUCGUCCUCUUUGCCCCAUAAUUGAGAAGCAUUCACACCACGUGCAGAGUCAAAGAAACUUCCUUCUCUAUGGAUUGCUGUUUGUGUGAAAUUUUCGUUGGUUUCUAUGACCUUGCCUGUAAAAUGGCUUGUAAUUUCUUGUUCAUGUUUCUUUGUAAAUUUGAACUGUUUCACUGAAUUGUACCUGCAUCAAGAGAAAAUUCUGAAGGUACAUUCAUUUAUGGUCUUGGCAUUAGUCAUGAUCAAUAAGCAGCCAGCAUAUACUUUGUUUCAAUUUUUGUGCUUAAUUUAUCUCCUAAGUAGUAAAUUUGGAAUAAAUGAGA